AAUUGUCACUGAACUAACUAGAGAGACCCUGCUGUUAGAUGGCUCCAUUGCAGACCCCAUCUGUCCAGAUCCAGCCCCAUACCAGGUCCCCAGCAACAAAACUUUCUAUAUCCCUGUCAGCCAACCAAACUCAGCGGGUCCUCCUGGGGCAACAAAUACGGAAACGACAGAGGACCACAUUGAGCCAUCUCCUGUCAUAGGAAAAAACAACAAGAAAACAGCCCAGAAUGCAGCAAUGAUGGAGGAGGACCUAAUUGAGCCAUCUCCUAUCAUUGGAAAAAACAUCAGGAAAACAGCCCAGGGAUCUUCAAAACUAGGCCGGAAUCAAAUGGCAAAUCAAAGUAAAAGUAAACCCAAAAGCGUCUUCCCUCUGCAGCCAGAAAACAAAGAUAAAGCUAACACAAAUACUAAAUGUCUUCCCAUCAAGAAAUAAGGAUACUCCAGUGGAACUGCCAUAGCCUCAGUAACAAACUCAGCAACCUAAAACUGCACAUUUACUCCAACAAGCCACAUGUAGUAUGUCUGUCCGAAACAUGGCUUUCACCAAACUUUGAACCAACAUUUAUUAACUAUAACACCAUUUAUAAACAUAGAGAGGCUCCUCAGGCUGGAGGAGGGCUUGCUCUGCUGAUCAGGAGUGAUGUUACCUACUUGGAACAUGACUUACAACCCUUUCAACGGGGCCUUCUGGAAGUUUGUGGGAUCAAAAUAUACCUGAAAAAUAACAAUGUGCCAGUAUCAAUACUAAAUCUCUACAACCCUAAUAAAAAUGUCACCUAUCAAGAGUUUGAUUUCUAUUUCUCACAGUUAGAACCCUCAUGCCUCAUCGUGGGUGAUUUCAAUGCCCAUAGUCCAGUUUGGGAGCCAGGCAAAAUCCCAAACCAGAGUGGAAGGAACUUAGAAAAUAUCCUACUAAACAACAGCAGACUAGCUCUUC